AUGUAUCUAUCUGUCUGUCUAUCUAUCUGUGUCUUUUAUCUAUCUAUCUAUCUAUCUAUCUCUUUCUAUCUAUCUAUCUAUCUAUCUCAUCUCAGUCCUUUUUUUUUCUAUCUAUCUAUCUAUCUAUCUAUCUAUCUAUCUAUCUAUCUAUCAAUCUAUAUUUUUAAUAUCUGUCUGUCUACCUAUCUAUCUAUCUAUCUAUCUCUCAUUUUUAAUAUCUAUCUACCUAACUAUCUAUCUAUUUAUCUAAUUGAGACUUUUAAUAUCUAUCUAUCUAUCUAUCUAUCUAUCUAUCUAUCUAUCUAUCUAUCCUCCAUUAAAUAUCUGUCUAUCUAUCUAUCUAUCUGCAUUAGUCCUUUUGAUAUCUAUCUAUCUAUCUAUCUAUCUAUCUAUCUAUCUAUCUAUCUAUCUUAUCUAUCUAUCUAUCUAUCUAUCUAUCUAUCUAUCUAUCUAUCUAUCUAUCUAUCUAUCUAUCUCUAUCCUUUUAAUAUCUAUCUAUCUAUCUUUUAUAUCUAUCUAUCUAUAUAUCUAUCUCAGUCCUUUUCAUAUCUAUCUAUCUAUCUAUCUAUUUUAAUAUCUAUCUAUCUCAUCCAUUUUAAUCUGUCCGUCUAUGUAUCUAUCUAUCUGAUUCCUUUUAAUAUCUAUCUAUCUAUCUCAGUCCUUUUAAUAUCUGUCUAUCUAUAUAUCUGUCCUUUUAAUAUCUAUCUAUCUAUCUACUUAUCUAUCUAUCUCAGUCCUUUUAAUAUCUAUCUAUCUAUCUUUAUAUCUAACUAUCUAUCUAUCAGUCCUUUUAAUAUAUAUCUGUCUAUCUAUGUCAAUCCUAAUAUCUAUCUUUGUCUCCUUGUAUCUAUAAUCUUCUAUAUAUAUAUCUAUCUAUUUAUCUCUCAUCUCUUUCUAUUUUAUCUAUCAUCUAUCUAUCUAUCUAUCUAUCUAUCUAUCUACUUUUAA